AUGCAAGAAACAAGGAGUCAAAUAGAUACUGUAAGACGUAUAGCAAACAAUGCACGUACGGGAUUGGAUACUUUACGAGAAGCACAAAAUACACUAAAGGAAGCAAAUGAUAUUCUUGUCUCAGUAUCAGACAUGCAUGAAGAUUGGCUUAAAGGUAUUGACAAAUCUUUAAAAAAUCACAGUCAGUCUAUUGCUGACUACAAGAAAAGUAUAGAUUUUUUACAUAGUGCUAUGGACGUACAUGAUGGAAGCAUAAAGAACUUACUUAAUGCUAACAAUAACUUACCAGGAACUAUUAAAGCAUUUAUAAAGUCCUUUGUAAAACCUGGUGCUCUAACAUUUAGGUCUUUGAGAGCAAGAGCAUUGAAGUCAAGAGAUGCAGAAACUCCAACAGAACCUACAGAAGGAACUGAAACAACAGAAACUCCAGAAGAACCACCAAAACCAACAGCUAAUGAAAUAUUGUUCGAAUAUUUUCCAAGAUACUCUGUCCUCAUUGCAUACAUUCAAGAAAUACUUAAGAAAGCAGACUUGACUUUAGGAGAUGAUGAAAGUUCUGUAUAUCUUUCGUUCCAGUUUCAAAUAGCAGAACUUUUGAGACAGAUAUGCUUAAUGUAUGACAACAUCUCUGAUUUCACAAGAUAUGAUGACGACCAUGACCCCGAACACGGUGAAGAAGAAGUUUUACAAACAUCCAUUAAGACAGGAAAGGUUUUAACACAAAGUCUCAUUAUUGACACCGAAGAUGGUGAAGUGGAUGUUCUUCAAGAGCUGAAGAAAAAUACUUCUGAAGGAGGUGGUGGUAGGCAUGAACUUGAAAUAAAUGAGAUAGAAGAGAAAUUAGCCGAAAAAGCAGCUAAAAACCAUGUUCAUUAUAUAAGUUCAGACGAACAAAUUAUAACGGACUACCACGGAUAUUUAAUACAGGAUGAACAAAUAAGCACUGAAGAU